AAACAAAUAUUUUCUGGUACCCCUCAAGAGUUUUCUUCUGAUUUAUGUUCUGUUUGUUCAUUAUUGAUUUGGGUUUCUCUUUUUUCUCAGUCUUGGAGCUCUUUUGAAUGAAAAAGGUGACAUCUUUACCCUUCUGUUGAUGUUUCUUUUGAUGGGUAUUUCAUAUAUUGUGCUUCUGUGGUGAUGAAAUAGUUGUUCUUUGUGUUACUGUUCCUUUUCAAGAACUGCUUGUUUUAGCCUUUAAGGUCUAAUUUUGUGUGCUUUUGGGAUUUGAAUGAUGAUGGAAGGUUUUGGAUUGUUAGUGAAGAGCUUGUUUAUAUUGGUGUUGGGAGUUUUGUGUGUUUCUGGUUUUGAACCUGCUGAUAAUUUCUUAGUAGAUUGUGGAUCAUCUAAAGAUACUAAUGUUGGUAAUAGGGUUUUUAUGGCUGAUAAAUCAGCUUCAAAGUUUUUGUCAACUUCAAAAGAUAUAUUGGCUGAUACCCCUUCAAAUUCAAUUACAAAAGCUAAUGAUUCACCCCUUUAUCAAACUGCUAGAAUUUUUACUCAACAAUCCAGCUAUAAAUUUCCAAUUAGCCUAACGGGGAGGCAUUGGAUUCGCCUUUAUUUUUACCCGUUUGUUUACCAAGGUUAUGAUAUGAGCACUGCAAUGUUCUCUGUUUCCACUCAAAAGAAUGUUCUUCUUGGCAAUUUCUCUCCAAAAAAUGCUUCUGUCAAGGAAUUUUCAGUAAAUGUUACCUCGAAUGACCUUGUAGUAACGUUCUCUCCUUCGAGCAAUUCAUUUGCUUAUAUAAAUGCUAUGGAAAUUGUCUCUGUACCUGAUGUCCUUAUAACUGAUGAUGCCUCCACCAUUAGUCCAGCUGGGACAUUUAGUGGUAUGUAUGCACAGGCUCUCGAAACAGUCGCUAGGGUAAACAUGGGUGGAUCGUUGGUGUCGUUUGAUAAUGAUACACUUUGGAGAACUUGGGUUACUGAUCAAAGUUUCUUGAUUCAGCCAAGUUCAGCUAAGUCGGUUAGUAAGAUUGGAUCCGUAAAAUAUCCAGCAGAUGGAGCAACACCAGAUUCUGCACCACCGUCAGUUUAUGGUACUUGUAGUAAGAUGAACGUGGCUGGUACUGGUGAUGAUCCUAAUGCCAAUUUUAACGUGACCUGGACGUUUAAUGUGGAUCCUGGGUUUCAAUAUUUCAUUCGCUUACACUUCUGUGACAUAGUGAGUAUAGCUGCCAAUCAGCUGCUGUUUAACAUUUAUGUUAACUCCUGGAACGUGGCUCAUGAUUUUGAUCCUGGUCAGAAAGCUCGGGGAAUUUUGGCCACAGCUUAUUACAAUGAUUAUGUUACUCCAACCGCUAAAAGUAAUAGGCUUAACGUUAGUGUGGGCCCAUCUUCAAGGAGUGCUUAUCCUGAUGCCUUCCUAAAUGGACUGGAACUUCUGAAGUUGAAUAAUUCUCAGGGCAGCCUUAGUCAGGUAGAUUCUGUUUCUACUAACCCGAGUUCAAAGGCAAAGAAGAAUGUCGGAGUCAUCGUGGGUGUGUGUAUAGGUGUCCCAGUUGUGUUGGUGAUGGUUGGCAUCUUAUUUUGCAUGCAUAGAAGAAGAAAACAAGAAAAGCUUGCCCAGUCAAAAAUAUGGAUUCCUUUAUCUAUGAAUGGUGGAACUUCACACACCAUGGGAAGCAAGUAUUCAAACGGAACAACCAUAAGUGCUGCUUCAAACAUGAGUUAUCGCGUUCCUUUUGCAGCUUUGCUGGAAGCAACGAGCAACUUCGAUGAGAGUUUGGUUAUUGGAAUAGGUGGCUUUGGGAAGGUAUACAAGGGUGUUUUGUAUGAUGGAACAAAGGUGGCUGUGAAAAGGGGUAAUCCCAAGUCCCAACAAGGUCUUGCAGAGUUCCGAACGGAAAUUGAGAUGCUUUCUCAGUUCCGCCACCGGCAUCUGGUUUCAUUGAUGGGAUACUGUGAUGAAAAAAAUGAAAUGAUUCUAGUUUAUGAAUAUAUGGAGAAUGGGACCCUCAAGAGCCAUCUGUAUGGGUCAGAUCUACCCAGUAUGAGCUGGAAGCAGAGGCUGGAGAUAUGCAUUGGGUCGGCCAGAGGUCUGCACUACCUUCAUACUGGCUAUGCUAAAGCAGUUAUACAUCGUGAUGUCAAGUCCGCAAACAUACUGCUUGAUGAGAGUUUUAUGGCAAAAGUUGCUGAUUUUGGACUAUCCAAGACAGGGCCUGAACUUGAUCAAACUCAUGUUAGCACAGCCGUGAAAGGAAGUUUUGGCUACCUAGAUCCAGAAUAUUUUAGAAGGCAACAGCUGACAGAAAAAUCUGAUGUUUAUUCUUUCGGUGUUGUUUUAUUCGAAGUUCUUUGUGCUAGGCCUGUCAUAGAUCCAUCUCUUCCGAGAGAGAUGGUCAACUUAGCUGAAUGGGCAAUGAAGUGGCAGAAGUUGGGACAACUGGAACAAAUUAUAGAUUCCAAUCUUGAGGGUAAAAUAAGACCAGAUUCCCUCAGGAAGUUUGCAGAAACAGCAGAGAAAUGCUUAGCUGAUUUUGGUGUAGACAGGCCAUCAAUGGGCGAUGUGUUGUGGAAUCUGGAGUAUGCACUUCAACUUCAAGAAGCUGUCAUUCAAGAUGAUCCUGAAGAAAACAGCACCAUCCUUAUUGGUGAGCUCUCUCCACAAGUUGAUGAUUUCAGUCAAGUUGAUCCCGGUGCUUCUGCUGCUCAUAACGGAACACCAAAUUUGGAUGAUCUCUCUGGUGUUUCCAUGAGUAAGGUUUUCUCACAAUUGCUCAAGUCUGAGGGUAGAUAAUUAAGUAAAAAGAUGAAGGUAGGGAGAUAUGUCAAUUCAUUGCCUAAAUUGAACUUAUGCACUAUGAGGCCCGGGGCAUUAGUCUAGUGGUAAUAAUGCAAUAUGUGAUGUG